AAACACUCACUACAAAGCAUUUACAAGCAUUUGCACAUACAUAUGUGAAGAAGUAUAUGUAUAAAAUUUAUGUAUAGCGCAGUGCAGCUAAAGCAAAUAAAAGAAAACGUUCCAAAAAUAAAGUGGUCGUCGUCUCAUUUAAACGAAUAAAAAACUCUGCCAGCUGCGCAACGCUAAGCAGAGCUAACAGCAACAGUCGUUGUCACUGCAGUUGCAGUCGUCAACGGGUCAGUACUUGGGCCCCGAACGGCGACAACAAAUCGAAGCCACAGAAAAAGAUUAUUGAAUUGUGUUGAGGACGCUGCUGCGGCUGCGGCGUCAGCUGUUAAAUAGUUGUUAAUAGGCAUGUCCUACUUUAUGCACAGUGCUAGCAGCGAUUUGGUUAAUCUCAAUGUGGGCGGUCAACGCUUCUCGACGUCACGGCAAACGCUUACGUGGAUACCGGACACAUUCUUUACGGCCCUGCUGAGCGGUCGGAUCUCGAGCUUGAGGGAUGAGCACAAUGCCAUCUUUAUUGAUCGGGAUCCGACGCUCUUCUCAAUCAUUUUGAACUAUUUGCGGACCAAAGAUAUUGAUAUUAAAAACUGUGAAAUCCGUGCACUGCGCCAUGAGGCGGAAUAUUAUGGCAUCACUCCACUGACUAAGCGGCUAGCUUUGUGUGAGGAUUUGAAUCACUCCUCGUGUGGAGAUGUGCUCUUCUAUGGAUUUCUCGCGGCACCGGCCAUGCCGCCCAAUGAUGCGUUGCAGACCACUGUGGAAACUGCCACAGCAUGCAGUCCCAUGGACCCCCUGCCCACAUCAUCGGGCGCAGCACGACCUGGUUCCAUGGUGCGGGUACCAGAGACCUCGUCAGCUUCUUCGCGUCACUCGUCGACGCAUUCGCGCAACUCGUCGUGGGAUUUGCGUUGUGGGCGCGCGGCGAACAGCACGUCAAGCUCUAAUGCAGCACCUGUUGCACCGGCAGCCAGCUGGAAUCCAGUUGGUGGACAUUCGCGCAACGCUUCCUUAGACUUUAUGCGUCACUCACGCAACUCUUCGGCUGACUUGAAUAAGGUAAUACGGAACGAAGUGGGUCUAGUGUUUAGUCCUACGCAGAGCUCGAAUUGGACGCCACCGUUGCGCGUGCAAAUCAUCAAGGCACAUCAGAACUGGAUUGCGGUGGCCUAUGCGCAUUUUGUCACUUGUUAUCGGGUCAAGGACUCCAAUGGCUGGCAGCAGGUUUUCACCUCGCCACACAUCGAUGCAGCCAUCGAGCGAAUUGCCAUUAAUUCCAAGGUGAACACAUCUACUGCUGAGCCGAUGCCAAGUAAAAUGAUUGCCAUUUCGUAUGGCAGUCAGAUACGUUUGUGGAGCAUACAAGAGGGCGGCAACAAGUCCGACAUUGGCACCUUCAAUCUCAAUGUACGUGUGGAGUAUUUAUUCUUCAUUGGUAGCCAGCUGGUGGCAUUGUCUUCUUCUGGUAAAAUUGGCGUCUGGCAUGCCAUGACACAGCACUGGCAAAUACAAGAUCUGGUGCCUGUGUUGUCCUUCGACUCAGCAGGCUCCUUCUUGUUGCUUGGCUGUAACAACGGUUCCAUAUACUAUAUUGACAUGCAAAAGUUUCCGUUGCGUAUGAAGGACAACGAUUUGCUGGUGACCGAACUGUAUAAGGAUGUCAACAUGGAUCCAAUUACAGCCAUAUCCGUUUAUCUAACGCCAAAGACGUCGAGUAUUAGCGGAAACUGGAUAGAGAUUGCCUAUGGCACCAAAUCGGGCGCAGUACGCAUCAUUGUGCAACAUCCGGAAACUGCCGGACAUGGUCCACAUCUGUUCGAGACAUUCUUUGUGCAUCAGAGUCCCAUAACAAAGGUCAUGCUGUCCGAGCGUUAUUUAGUUUCCGUUUGCAGCGAAUAUCAUCAUGUGCGCACCUGGAGUCUGACUCGCUUUCGUGGUAUGCUUUCUACGCAGCCGGGAUCUACACCGGAAGCUUCGUUCAAAAUUGUUUCACUGGAGGCCACCGAUAGCAACUAUAGCUAUGCGGCUGGCAAUGAUUUCGGACCCUACGGCGACUACGAUGACAUGAUAUUUGUGCAAAAGGUGGUGCCCGAAACGAAUCAGUUGUAUGUGCGUCAAGCUUCUAAUGGAGACCGUGUCUGUGUCAUACGCUCCGUGGAUGGUUCAACCAUUUCGGCAUUUUGUGUGCACGAAUGUGAGGUAUCCUCGCGAAUGGGCUCACGCUUUAUACUCACCGGUCAUUGCAAUGGCGCGAUACAAAUGUGGGACUUAACUACAGCACUGGCGCUGCAUUCGAAGGAUGAGCCGCAGCAGAAAACUUCCGGCGGACCCGACACUAACGAGCUUCUCCGCCUACUUGACCAGUGUGAAAUCAGCAAUUCAUCAUGCUCAACACCUUGUAUGUCACCGUGUCUAUCGGCUAUGGGCGGCGGCUUGGCCACCUCUAUAGCCCGCAUGAAGGCUAGCAAUAUUGCACUGCUGAAUCGUGAUCAAAGCCAGCAGCAGCAGACAAUUGCCAGUCAGCCGCCACCGUUGCCGCCAUCAUCAUUCCUAGCUCAAGCGCAACAGCUACCAUUGCCUGCGCCACCACAAGCAAUGCUUGUGAUGCCGCCACAGCAACAGCUGCCUGCGGCUAAUGGUGUGGAUUUGGACGUAGUGGUUAUGGCACAGCCAGUCGAUGGUAUGAAUGAAUGAAACGUGGAAGCGGCUGUUUCGGCGCUUGUCGGGCGCGUUUCAUCGUUAAGAUUUCAUAGGUGUAGCUUGAUCAUUGAUUAUCAAUACAUAUUCCUACAGUUUGUGCUGUGUGCGUUCAUCUACUACGUGUGGCUGGUGCGAUCGCGCAUUGCCAACACCAUGAAGCAUUCGGACGCGGCGCGCACAGAAAUGGUUACGGCAGUAGAUGCUGCUGCUGCCGGCACCAACUGACUGCAUCCGGCAUUUAGCUAAAUCAAAUAAUCUCUUAUAUACUGACAGACGUAUAUAUAUAUAUAUGCAUACCUAUUCUGCUCGAUGUGGUUGCAAUUGCAAUUUAUGCUCGUAAUGUUAAAUGAAUCUAUGUACACAGUCUUGUUGCACGCGUAGUUUUGAGUGUGUUGCUCGUGCUACUGUAACACGCAAUUGCGAUUAUAUAAUAAAUAAAUACAAUUAUAUCUAUACACUAUAAACAAAAUGUUUUCA